AUGGAACUCACCAUAAUGGACGAUCAUGCCAGAAUAGCGAACAUGUUUACGCACAUGAGUUCCGGUUUUGCUUGUGUCAUCGAUUUUACAGCGAUAAUAUCCCACGCCAUACCGAUAACUCUUGACAUAGUCAGGCCCAUAAAUAAGACCCGCGGAGAAAACGUGCACAUCACGUCGGAGUAUUUCGUCGAUCAUUCGAAAUAUUAUCUUGUGGCGGUGAUUCACCUGACAAUCUGCGUCUGCGUAGGUGCGAUCUCGAUGGCUUCAACCGGCGUGAUGUUCAUGAAUUGCGGUAUUCACGCCUGCGCUUUGUUCAAAGUAGCCAACUAUCGAAUGGGGAUAGUGAUGGAUCAAACUGUGUUGCAAAUGUCGAGCCCGGAGCGGGAGCACGUGAUUCACGAAAGAAUCAUUCACGCUGUCAAUUUUCAUCGUACGGCCAUGCAGUUCUGCCAGAUUUUACUCAUGUAUUUAGAGAAAUGGUUUAGCAUUCUGGUUGUGAUCGGCGUCUUGUCCACGAGUAUAACUUUAUUUCGAUUUCUGAAUGCGAUAACGUAUCAUGCAAACGAUGCGGUUGAACUGUUCAUAUCGGCCGCUUGUGUGUUCGGUCACUUCUUAAGUUUAUUUUUUGGGAAUCACAUCGGUCAGCAAGUUACAGACAAUAAUUCCGAGAUCUUUGAUACGGCAUACAAUCUGCCGUGGUACGUAGCGUCUUCGAAUAUAAAACAUUUAUUCUUACUCUUGUUGCAACGCGGCAACAAGAAAUUCUAUCUGUCACUUAGCAGUUUGUUCACCGCUUCGUACGAAGGCUUCGCAACGCUCACGACGUCGUCGAUUUCGUACUUCACCGUGCUUUAUUCCGUCUAA